UAACAGAAAAGUGAUUCUGUGACUAUAACGCAGAAAAUAGCGGAGAAGGAUGAUUGAAUAAAGUAGAAAUGUAUACAGUUAUAACCUGCAGAUCAAUUCAUGAUAGAGGACUGUCUAAUGUUUGGUCAUUGUAAAAAUGAUUAAUAGCAGGGGAAAAUAAGAAUAAUCGAUCGUCAUCGAACUGCCGUAGCACGCAUGCAGCGUAGUGUGAUGGUAGCUGUCUGGAACACCAGGGCGAUGCUUUUGCUAACUGCUAGAUAAACUGCAGCAACACGAAAAUGACAGACUACGCCGAAGAGCAAAGAAAUGAACUAGAAGCAAUUGAGUCUAUAUAUCCAGACUCCUUUACAGUAUUUUCAGAGGACCCUAUCAGCUUCACUAUCACUGUCACGUCAGACGCAGGGGAAAAUGGUGAAACUGUAGAAGCAACUUUAAAGUUCACAUAUGUAGAAAAAUACCCAGAUGAGCCACCACUGUGGGAGGUGCACUCCCAGGAGAACCUAGAAAACAGUGAUAUGGAGGACAUCCUCACGCUGCUGCAGCAACAGGCAGAAGAAAAUCUGGGAAUGGUGAUGAUUUUUACCCUGGUGACAGCUGUGCAGGAAAAACUCAAUGAAAUUGUGGAUCUUAUAAAGAACAGACAAGAAGAGGAGAAACUUCGGAAGGAGAGGGAGGCUGAGGAAGCAGAGAAGGUGGCAUUUCAGGGCACAGUGGUAACAAUUGAGAACUUCCUGGCAUGGAAAGGCAAGUUCGAACUAGAAGUGGCUGAGAUACGGAGGAAAAAACAGAAGGAAGAGGAGCAAUCAGGCAAAGCAAAACUCACUGGCAAACAGCUGUUUGAGAGGGACCACAAUCUGGACACCUCAGACAUUCAGUUCCUUGAAGAUGUUGGAAACAAUGUUGAGGUGGAUGAAUCGUUGUUCCAGGACAUCGAGGACUUGGAUUUGGAAGAUGACGACCCCGACUUUGACCCUUUAGAGAUGGGAAGUGAUGAAGACUAAA